AUGUCGCGAAACCGUCCGAGAGGUCCUCCAACAAGCAGAGACAAUGGUCUGGCUGCUAACGAGGAGACCGAUAUGUGGAACAAAAUUAUACAGGAUCUGCGCAAGGCAAAGGAAAAGAAUGACAAGCAAAGUCUCCUUGGAGAGCAAAUCGCGGCUUUAAAUGAGAAGAUUGGUAGAGAGGGUAGCAAACCCACCCUGGCAGAGCAUAACCAACUCGACAGCCUCUAUCGUCAAUUGUUGAAGCUUAGCGAAGAAGAACGAGCCAUCCUGCAAGACGAACCCAGUGACGUUAUAAAGAACCUGGGACUCCUGACUGCAUUGAGGUCAGCCUCAGAGGCUGAGGCGCCCUUAAGUCGUCUCGCAUCCCUCCCAAAGUUCCGAAAGAAGAGAAAUGAGACUGAUGGAUCGGCCGCGGAAUCGCCAGGGCCUUCGGCUACUUCGGCAUCAGACAAGUUGAACCGCGUGAAGGGAACUGCACAACGAAGUAGCAGCGUGUCGAGCAAUCAACCUCGUGAUGCUCGUGACAGUGUCACUGUCAAGGUAGAAGAAGGGGCGGAGCCGACGAAGGGCACCAUAGCGGAACGCAGCGGCCAGCUAGUUAUCGGUGCUGAAGUAGUCUUCAAGCACAACAAAAACAAGCAAGGUGUGGAGGGAGAAGGUAUACAGUGUAUUAUAAAGGGAAUAUCUGGGGACGGGCAUAAGAAACGAUAUGAUGUCCAAGAUCCCGAACCCAACGAAAAUGGCGAACAAGGUGCAGUCUACAAGACAACGGCAGCUUCAUUGAUCCCAAUACCCCAAGUCGGUACUACGCUCCCUGCGUUUCAAGUUGGGAAACAGGUCCUUGCCAGAUAUCCUGACACGACUACUUUCUAUCGAGCCGAAGUUAUGGGCUCUAAGAAGGAUGUGUACCGUUUGAAGUUCGAGGGUGAGGAGGACGACAAAGAAAUGGAAGUGGAUAAACGCUUCGUUCUGGACAUCCCGGGGAAAUGA